GUUAACGUGCAUAUCACAUUGAAUGCUAGUAUUUUUCAUUUAAUUGUUAUAAAGUGACUUUAUAAACUUAGAAACUAACAAUGUGAAAACCACAAAAAUGUUGUAAAAAUUAAAGUAUCGAAGUGAGAUUUUUAUUAAUAAAAAAGAAUGAAAAAGAAACCAUACAAUUCUUCAAUGAAGACCUCAACACUGACGCGAUCCCGGACAUAUAUAGUAGUUCCAAGGGACGUUCCACCAGAGAACUUUAUCAGUGUAACAGAAACUAGAAAGGUUCGUAAAGUGGGAUUAUUAAGAUGUUGUUUGCCUCCCCUGGCCGUCUGUAUUGCUGUUGCUUGUCUUCUAGCAGGAAUAGGAUAUCUGGUGUACAGAUACAACAGCAAUGUUACAGCGGAUUGGCCUGGAAACCUAAAAUCUUUACCAGGGAAAAAAUCAGCAAUGGAGAUUUGUGAAAAUACAGAAUUCGGAUGUUGUCCAGACAAUAAAACAAUCAGGUUAGAUAAAGGACUAGAGAGUUGCCUAACUAUCUGUGUGCAUGGAGAUUGUGCUCCCAGAAAUUUUACAGAAUGUACUCCUGGAUCCUGGGGACGGGGUGAGAGCGGGUGUGAACCCUGCCUGUGUUCUGGAGUGGGUUCUCUGGGACUGGAUUGUAACAAAACAACAGGACAAUGCAACUGCAGGACAGGAUAUGCAGGACAUAAAUGUAAUAUUUGUCCUAAUGGCACUGUCCAGAGAUAUGGUGGAUGUGAGGAAACCCAGGCUCAGGAUCCAGGAACACCUUGUACUUCUCAACCCUGUCAGGGUGGAGGAACAUGUGACGAGCAUGAUGGCACUUUCUCCUGCUACUGUACCCUCGACAGAUCUGGAAAAUAUUGUGAAAAGAUCCAUCCUCUAACCGAUCUCGAGGUCGCAGGAUUCGUCGGGACCUCAUUUGUCCAGCUCAAACCUAUGUCGAGGUCGGUGACCAGGACCUCGGUGGAGCUCAGCUUCAGAUCGUUCUCCUACACCGGCCUCAUCCUCCACACUGCAGUCUCAAGCAACCAGUUCAUCUCUAUACGUCUAGUAAAUGGAGUAGUGGAGUUUGAAUAUAGUUUGGGGGAGGCUGGAUCUUUAACUCUUGUCUCCAGUAUACCAAUACAACUAGGAGAAUGGCACACCAUCAAAGCUAGACGAUAUCAUCAGGACGGAAUCCUUCUGUUUGACGAGCAUGAGCCUGUAAUAGGUCAAGCUCCAGGCUCAGAGAAGAACUUGAAAUUAACAAACUCAACUUUUAUAGGAGCCAAACCAGGAGGACAAUAUCCAGGGUUUCAGGGAUGUAUCAAAGAUGUUGAGCUGGAUCAUAAUCCAGUUAGUCUUGUAUCAGGAAAAGAACCUCAAUUGAUUUCUGCUCUUGCACUGACUGAGUGUACAAAACAUCCUUGCAGUACACUACCAUGUAAACAUGCAGGCGAGUGUUUGGCAGAUUCCUCAAGUUAUCAGUGUAACUGUCAGCCAGGCUUCUUUGGUACCAGGUGUGGGAAGGCUAAGCCUCUGUGUAUACCAAACCCAUGCGAAAAUGGUGGUCCUUGUUCAGUUGCGAAUGAAAAGGUGGUUUGUGGUUGCAAGGAUGGAUUCUCUGGGGGUCGUUGUCAAAUUAAUCUAGGAUACCUGGAUACCAGGGAUACUGGGUACCUGGAUACCAGGGAUACUGGGUACCUGGAUACCAGGGAUACUAAGUACCUGGAUACCAGGGAUACUGUGUACCUGGAUACCAGGGAUACUGAGUACCUGGAUACCAGGGAUACUGAGUACAUGGAUACCAGGAAUACUGUGUACCUGGAUACCAGGGAUACUGAGUACCUGGAUACCAGGGAUACUGAGUACAUGGAUACCAGGAAUACUGUGUACCUGGAUACCAGAGAAACCAACCCUGAAGAGGAUAUGCAAGCUGACCAGGGAGACCAGGAGGAUCAUGAAGGGAUGAAGGGAGAUACUCUUCACCUACAGGGUAACUCAGUCUACUGGGUCAAUAACAGAAUUCAUAAAAGGAUGGAACGAAUGAAGACGAAUGAUAUCAGUUUAAGGUUCAGAACUAGUCUAGACUCUGGAACCAUCUUUUACUCUGGAGGUGUCACAGACUCUCUAGAGCUAGGCGUAGUGGCGGGCAGGCUGGUCAUUCGGGCCCAUAUAGGCAGUCCGACGGGACUAGGAAGAGGCGUGGCUGUUUCUAAAGAGAGGGUGGAUACGGGGGCGUGGCAAAAUGCUCUGGUGAGGAGAAAUGGUCGACGAUUGUACGUCAGAUUAAAUGAAAAAGAAGUUUUGGCAGCUGAGGUUGAAGGAGAAGACACAGACCAAUAUUUGAAUACAGAUGGAAAACUAUGGAUUGGAGGAAGAGCCCCAAGUCCAAACCUAAAUCAGAAUUAUUUUACCGGAGACUUGAAGGAUGUCCAGGUUGAGGGGGUUCAAGUCCUACCCAGACAGUUUUAAACUGUUCAAGAAAAUUAAAACAGAGGAAACUUGGAAAGGAACUUUCUGGCGUUGAUUUAUGAGUUCUUAUAGUGGACCAGCAAAAGUGAUACAAACACUUGUUUUACAGAAAAGAUCAUUUGGGAGGAAAACAAAUAUAUUUUGAGUUGUUUUUGUCCUCAUUUUCCCCCUUGGGUUGUUCUUGUCCUCAUUGUCCCUCCUGUGUUGUUCUUGUCCUCAUUGUCCCUCUUGUGUUGUUCUUGUCCUCAUUGUCCUUCUUUUUUAUUCUUGUCCUCAUUGUCCCUCGUUCUUGUCCUCAUUGUCCCUCUUGUGUUGUUCCUGUCCUCAUUAUCCCUCUUGUGUUAUUCUUGUCCUCAUUGUCCCUCUCGUGUUGUUCUUGUCCUCAUUAUCCCUCUUGUGUUGUUCUUGUUCGCAUUGUCCUUCUUGUGUUGUUCUUGUCCUCAUUAUCCCUCUUAUGUUAUUUUUGUCCUCAUUGCCUCUCUUGUGUUGUUCUUGUCCUCAUUGUUCCUCUAGUGUUGUUUUCGUCCUCAUUGUCCCUCUUGUGUUGUUCUUGUACUCAUUGUCCAUCUUGUCCUCAUCGUCCUUAUUGUGUUAUUCUGUCCCUCGUUCUUGUCUUCAUUGCCCCUCUUUUGUUGUUCUCGUCCUCAUUGUCCCUCUUGUAAUGUAAAUCAUUUUGUCUCUCUUAUGUUACCCUCUUGUCCUUCUAUUAUUCCCUUCUUCUCCUCAUAUUUUCUCUUGUCCUCCUAUGGUCCCCCGUGUUUCUAUGGACUCUUUUUUCCUCCUUAUAUACUUCCUUAAUCUUCUAAUUUAACCUAAUAUGUCCUAAUGUACCUUCUUGUAACUCUAAUGUCUCCGUCUUGUCCUUCUAAUGUUCCCGUUUUGUCCUCCUAAUAGUACUCUUUUGUCCUUUUAAUGUUCCCUUCUUGUCCUACUACGACUGUGAUGAUUGGCUGUGAUAAAAUAAAAAAAAUUGGAAGAUAAAAAAUGUUGUGCAAUGUGCACAUAUGUAUUAUGUACAUACAUGUACAUUGUACAUUGUACAAGUAUGUGGAAUGAGUUUAUUCAAGUAUUGUUAUAUUUUUGUAAUCCUAUUUAUGCUGAAAACAAAAAUGAACAAUUAAGUCUU